UACUAAUCGAAUAAAAAAUCAAAUUCCACCAGAUCCCAAUUAAAGAUAAAUGCAUUGAGAAGCUGAAUUGAAUGUUAAAUUUAUUAUUAUUGUGCUUUUUUAUAUACAAGGUUGCCAUCCAAUAAUAUUCAGAGCCGUGCUCAUUGUUUGGCUUGCCUUGCUUUAACCUUCUGAGAUUUGUCUUGCUCGUGCGCAGUCUAAGGCUCAAAUUGAACGCUAUCAUGCAAGAACCGAACUAUGACCAUUCCAGGGGGCUGUUCCUGCGCUCAGCCCUUCUCCAUACCUGGGAGCUGGUGGACGAGAAGGGCAACAAGUAUCCUCUGGAGCCAUACAACGUGAUCGGGAAUACUGAAGACUCGACUGUGUCGAUUCCUCCAGUUGCGGUUCCGUUUCGUGUCGAGGCUGUGGCCUCUGAGGAAUUCGAUGGCUACACCUUCUACGAAGAGUGGAAAGUCGAGAACUUAGGCAACUUUGCAUUGGCAGAGUCGGUUCUCGAGAUUGGACAGGGGCAGCUGAUCCAAAUCGCUGGCCAUCGCUUCUGGUUGGAUUGGGCUGACGCUGACAAUGUUGAUUAUUAAUGUGUGUUGUCAUCAACAAGUUACUAAAUGUUAGAAAUAUAAUAAGGAAAAUUUGAAUGCUGCUAACAUGGAAACAUGAACAAUGACAACAUUGUGGCUACACAUCCAUUAUCAUGUUAUUUAUAGAGGCAUAGCCAAUGUAUUCCAAUUCCCAAUUCAACUUAUUUGUUCGCACUUGUACACAUAUUUUUGCUUAGCAUAAUAUACAAAGCUUAUUGGUGUCUA